AUGUCAGGCAUAACUGUUCACUACUUCGACAUAUAUGGGAGAGCUGACGUUAUCCGGAUGAUUCUUCACUACGCCGGGGCUGCUUUCGAAGACCAUAAAAUUCAAUUCCAAGAAUGGCCUCAGCUGAAGGGUUCAGGCUUUGCUGAAUUUUCCCAACUGCCAAUAGUAGAUGUAGACGGGCACAGGCUGGCUCAAACUCAGUCAAUUUCUCGUUACCUUUGCAAUAAAUUUGGCUAUGGAGCUGCAGAAGGUGAAGAAACCUAUUGGACUGAGUCUUUGUGCGACUUAUGCGAAGAUAUUGGCAGCACUAUAACUCCUUUAGCCUUUAAUAAGGACUUUGAAGGACUUAGUAAAGUAUUUACAGAAAAAGUCCCUGAGUGGCUUAGAAUAAUAGAGGCAAGGCUUGAUAAAAAUAAUGGAGGAAGCGGAUACUUUGUGGGAAAUCAUCCUACUAGGGCAGAUUUCCAUGUAUUUGCUGUACUUCAUAAUAUCAUUGAAAAAUUUCACCCAGAGACAUUAGAAGGGCAUAAUAAGCUGAGACAGUGGAAAGUCAGGUUUUUAAACUCGUCAAGGACACUUAAAACGUUUUUGGAAACUCGUGAGCCUAGAGAUUUUUAA